ACCAAACUCCAUCACCUCCACCUCCUCCUCCUCCUCCAUUUCUCCCCCAAAUCCGUCUCCGCCGCCCCGGAUCCCCCCACCGGAACCGUCGCGGGAUCCGCCCCUCCCCCUCGCCGGCCUCCGCCUGAUCCGCCCGAUCCGGCCGGAUCCCGGCCCCCACCGUCGCCGCCGCGGGUCGAGGGGACGGUGGGCGAACAAACCCUAGGUCGAUGGGCGCCGGCCGUGCCUGCCGCGGCGGCCCCUCCUCCUCCUCCCCCGCCGCCGCGGCGGGGCGGCCCUUCCCGCCGAUCGCCGCGUCGUGCCCCUCCUCCUCGGCCGCGGUCCCCGCUGCGCCCGCGGAGACGGCGUCCACGUCGGUGACCAAGACCGUCAACGGGUCGCACCACUUUAAGAUCGCCGGGUACAACCUCGCCAAGGGGAUCGGGGUGGGGAAGUACAUCGCCUCCGAGCCCUUCACCGUGGGGGGCUACGAGUGGGCGAUAUACUUCUACCCCGACGGGAAGAGCCCCGAGGAUGGCGCCGCCUACGUGUCGCUCUUCAUAGCGCUCGCCAGCGAGGGCACCGACGUGCGCGCGCUCUUCGAGCUCACGCUCGUCGACCAGAGCGGCAAGGGGCAGGACAAGGUCCACACCCACUUUGGGAGGUCGCUCGAGGGCGGACCCUAUACCCUCAAGUACCGGGGGAGCAUGUGGGGUUACAAGCGUUUUUUCAAACGGUCUGCCUUGGAAUCAUCAGAUUAUCUUAAAGAUGAUUGUCUUUUGGUGAAUUGUACUGUUGGUGUUGUCCAAUCUCAUACUGAAGGGCCAAAGAUAUAUACAAUACCAGUGCCACCAUCCAAUAUGUCUAAGCAUAUUGGCCAGCUACUGACGGAUGGGAAGAGAACUGACAUUACAUUUGAAGUUGAUGGAGAGGUGUUCCCUGCUCACAAGGUGGUUCUUGCAGCCCGGUCACCUGUUUUUAGGGCACAGCUUUUUGGUCCAAUGAAGGAUAAAAACAUGAAGCGUAUAGCAAUUGAGGAUAUGGAGGCUUCAGUUUUCAAGGCCUUACUCCAUUUCAUGUACUGGGAUGAGUUGCCUGAUAUCGAAGAGCUUACUGGCCUAAAUACAACAUGGGUGUCCACUUUGAUGGCUCAGCAUUUACUUGCAGCUGCGGAUCGUUAUGCAUUGGAGAGACUAAAGUUGCUCUGUGAGCUCAAGUUGUGUGAAGAUGUUGCAAUAAACACAGUUGCAAAUACUUUGGCACUGGCUGAGCAGCACCACUGUUAUCAGCUAAAAACUGUUUGCCUGAGAUUUGUGGCUUUGCCUGAAAAUUUAAAAGCUGUCAUGCAAACCGAUGGAUUUGAUUAUUUGCAGCAAAGCUGCCCGUCUCUUCUGACCGAGCUUCUGGAGUAUGUGGCCAAGGUAGGAGAGCAUUCGGUCAGCCCUUGCUUGUAUUCAAACGAAGUCCUUGACGGUGGUGAUGCCAAUGGAAGACGCGUGAAACCAAGGAUUUAAAGGCAGCCCUGAUAAACCUAGCAGGAUUUCCAUGUGUUGUGUAAAGUCUUAUAGUUCUAUGACGGCACUUUUGUGGUGCCAUAUUAUAUCAUGCAUGUUGUAGCGUCUUGUGAGUUCAUAUCUCUCCCUAUCGUUGCUACUCUGGAGCUGAGUUGUUGCUAAUAUAUGUUUCUACUGACUAGUGUACUGCAAAUUGCAUUGCUGCGAAGCCUGCCGCUUUUGCAGCCUGUGAACAUAAGUGCACGCAGGUGGCACGGCAAAGGUGGACUGGUGCAAGGUUUUGUCGGUGGAAGUAAAGGUGCAGAAUGUAUCUAUGGAAGUUAACUUUGUGCUAGGUCGGCUUUGUCGAAUUUGUAGUCGUCUGUAUUAUGACUGUAAUUCAAUUGAAAUGGUAAAAUGCAAUGAAUUGUAUCGGUUGUAUCAUGUC